ACUCCCAAACCACAGUGCAUACCAGUUUAACUCAGACACUUGAGUAAGAGGCAGCAUGUCUAAUAUAACAAAAGUGCUUUCUAAGAGGCAGGAUAGAGGAGAAGGAGUGGGAACCAACGAAAAUGCAGUUCCCUUUAACAAGCAGGACUUCCAGAGCCUACAGAGCGAGUAUUUGGGGAAAAGAGCCCUGUUCUGUGACCCGACCUUCCCGGCUGACGCGGAAUCUCUGGGCUACAAUGAACUUGGACGGUAUUCCUUCAAGACCCGAGGAGUGGAGUGGAAGAGACCUAAGGAGCUGUGCUCAAACCCCCAGUUCAUUGUUGAUGGAGCCAAACGGACUGACAUCUGCCAAGGAGCUUUAGGUGACUGUUGGUUGCUGGCAGCUAUUGCCUCUCUGACUCUUGAUAAUAAUAUUCUGGAGCGUAUAGUUCCACCUGGACAAAGCUUUACGGAGGACUAUGCCGGCAUCUUUCACUUUCAGUUCUGGCAGUAUGGUGAAUGGGUGGAUGUUGUCAUUGAUGACCGGCUGCCCACCAGAGAUGGAAAGCUGCUGUUUGUUCACUCUGCUGAAGGGUCAGAGUUCUGGAGUGCUCUGUUGGAAAAGGCAUAUGCAAAGGUAAAUGGCUCAUAUGAAGCUCUGACGGGAGGCUGCACGACUGAAGGUUUUGAGGAUUUCACUGGAGGAAUUGCUGAAAACUACGAACUGAGCAAAGCCCCUCCAUACCUGUUUAAACUCAUUCAGAAAGCACUAGGGCUGGGAUCCCUGCUGGGCUGCUCUAUUGAUAUUACCAGUGCGUAUGAGACAGAAGCAGUUACCAGCCUGAAGCUGGUGAAGGGACAUGCCUACUCACUCACUGGUGCAGAGGAGGUUCACUUUAAUGGGCAGCCGGUGCAAUUGGUGCGUAUCAGGAACCCAUGGGGAGAGGUGGAGUGGACGGGUGCUUGGAGUGAUAACUCUAAAGAGUGGGACAGCGUCCAACCAGAAGAGAAAACUAAACUGGAUUAUUCAGCUGAGGAUGGGGAAUUCUGGAUGGCGUAUUCUGACUUUGUGAAGCAAUUCUCAAAGCUGGAGAUUUGUAAUCUGAGUCCAGACAAUCUGACAAGGGACGAGGUGAGCCGCUGGAACUACUACCAGUUUGAAGGCAGCUGGAGGGUGGGCUCCACAGCAGGUGGCUGCAGGAACAACCCAGCAACAUUCUGCUCAAACCCUCAGUUUGUGAUCAAGCUGGAGGACGUGGAUGAUGAUCCUUAUGAUGGAGAAGAUGGCUGCACUUUCCUAGUGGGACUGAUGCAGAAAGAUGGACGUAAAGACAAACGCUUUGGACGUGACCUUAAUACCAUUGGAUUUGCCAUCUAUAAGGUUCCACAAGAGUACAAGGGUCGCAGUAAUAUUCAUCUUGGCCCUGAUGUACUGCUGCGUCAGCAGUCCGUUGCGGGGAGCAACACCUUCAUCAACCUGCGAGAGAUGUGCGAGCGUUUCAAACUGCCUCCUGGUGAAUAUGUCAUUAUCCCCUCCACUUUUGAGCCACACCGCAAGGGCAGCUUCAUACUGCGUGUGUUCACUGAGAAAGAAGUUGAUGCCAGUCCGAUGGAUGCGGAAAUCAAUGCAAAUGUGAAAAAGCAUUACAUAUCCGAGAGUGAAGUGGACCCACAUUUCAAACACCUUUUCUCGCAGUUUGCUGGAAAUGACACAGAAUUGUCUGUGUUUGAACUAAAGCAGUUACUGGACAAUGUUGUGUCUAAAAGAACAAAUGUGAAGACAAAUGGAUUCAGUAUGGAAACAUGUCGCCACGUUGUCAGCCUACUAGAUAGAGACGGCAGCUCCAAACUCGGCCUGGUGGAGUUUCACACACUGUGGAUGAAGAUUCAGAUAUAUUUGGACAUUUUUAAGAAGUACGACAAAGACAACUCAGGCACUGUGAGUUCCCAUGAGAUGAGAGAUGCGGUGAAAGAAGCAGGAUUCCAGCUGAACACCGAAGUACUACAGGUGAUAAUUUCACGUUAUGCAAACCUGCAGUGUGCCAUUGACUUUGAUUGCUUUGUAGGCUGCUUGAUCCGCUUGGAGAUGCUCUUCAAAAUGUUUAGAACAUUUGAUAAGAAGAACACUGGGAAAAUUGAGUUGGAUAUCCUGCAGUGGCUUUGCUUGACCCUCAGUUGAAAAUCCACUCAUCGUCUUUGCAGCAGACCAAGAAUUCCCAAAUUGCCCUUCCCAAAAGAUGGGUAGUUUGGCUGGCAGAGGAAAAUCAAUUCAGGAAGUGCAUUUAAACUUUGAUUUCUCUUCAAAAAAUAAAUUAGUUUAUGGUGCUGUUCAAUUAAAUAAAACCAGUUGCAAUAAUAAA